CUUUUUAUCCCGCCCUGAAAUUCUCACGGCCGCCAUGAUGCUUGUUUGCCUUCAGUGAGAACGAGCAGCGGCUCAGAAACAAAGGAAACGCACACUCGUCUUUGUCAAUUGGUAUGAGCUUUCAGUGUUACAGGGAUGCCCAAGGAAAAAUAUGAUCCGCCAGACCCAAGGCGGAUGUACACAAUAAUGUCUAGUGAGGAGAUGGCAAAUGGAAAGAAGUCAUAUUGGGCAGAGUUGGAGAUUGUUGGGAGGGUGAGAAGUUUAAGUUCAGCAUUAUGGUCCCUCACCCACCUCACGGCUCUUCAUAUCAGUGAUAAUUCGCUCUCGCGUAUCCCGCCCGACAUUGCCAAACUACACAACUUGGUGUACCUGGACCUCUCGUCCAAUAAGAUCAGGAGCCUGCCCGCGGAACUAGGCAACAUGGUAUCUCUCAGGGAACUGCUUUUAAAUAACAACCAGUUACGAGUUCUGCCUUUUGAGCUUGGAAAACUCUUUCAGUUACAAACGUUGGGUUUGAAAGGAAAUCCUCUUGCACAAGAAAUCAUGAUCCUCUACCAAGAGCCCGAUGGGACGCGCCGACUCCUCAACUACCUGCUGGACAAUCUUGCAGGUACCAAACGCGUAUCUAUAGAACCGCCACCACCUCGCUCGUGGAUAGCACUGCAGGAGCCGGAGAGGACACGGCCAGCGGCUCUGUUCUCUGUAAUGUGUUACAACGUGCUGUGUGAUAAGUACGCCACGCGUCAGCUCUACGGCUAUUGUCCUUCCUGGGCCCUCAACUGGGACUACAGGAAGAAGUCCAUCAUGCAGGAGAUCCUUAACUGCAGCGCUGACAUCAUCAGCUUACAGGAAGUGGAAACAGAGCAGUACUAUAACUACUUCCUAGUAGAGCUGAAAGAACAAGGUUACGAAGGAUUCUUCAGCCCCAAGUCUCGAGCCAGAACAAUGUCUGAGUGUGACCGCAAGCAUGUGGAUGGCUGUGCCAUUUUCUACAAAACGGAGAAGUUCAGUCUGGUACAGAAGCACACAGUGGAGUUCAAUCAGCUGGCCAUGGCGAAUUCGGAGGGCUCAGAGGCCAUGUUAAACAGGGUGAUGACCAAGGACAACAUUGGUGUAGCCGCACUACUAGAGCUACGGAAAGAGAUGAUUGAGCAGUCUGCUGGGAAGCCCAUGCAUGGAAUGGAGAAACAGCUCCUCCUGGUGGCCAAUGCCCAUAUGCACUGGGACCCGGAGUACUCUGACGUUAAGCUAGUGCAGACCAUGAUGUUCCUGUCUGAGGUGAAGAACAUUGUGGACAAGGCCACCCGCAGUCUAAAGCUCUCUUCUGUUUCCGGAGAAACCAACGCCAUCCCUCUUGUUCUCUGUGCUGAUCUUAACUCUCUACCUGACUCGGGUGUGGUGGAGUUCCUGAGCUCGGGUGGCGUAGACAGCACACACAAGGACUUCAGAGACCUGCGAUACAUCGACAGUUUGACCAACUUCAACUGUAAUGGCAAGAACGGCACCUCCAGCACCAGGAUCACACACGGCUUCAAGUUAAAGAGUGCCUAUGAGGACGUCCUGAUGUCUUACACCAACUUCACCUAUGACUUUAAGGGCAUCAUCGAUUACAUCUUCUACUCUCAACCUGUGCUUAACGUGUUGGGCGUGCUGGGUCCCCUUGACCCUCUCUGGAUCCAUGAGAACAAUGUCAGUGGCUGCCCCCAUCCCCACAUUCCUUCCGAUCACUUCUCCCUGUUUGCACAAAUGGAGCUACUCCUGCCCUUCCUGCCUGCUGUCAACGGCAUUCAUCUGCCUGGCCGCAGGUAGUUCUCCGAGCCAGCAGGGGGAGCUCUAGCCCGCACCUCGUUAUGCUCUCACAGCAGAGAAAGGCAGGGGCUGUUUUGUAUAAAUCUGAAUCCUGUACGAGGAGAUGAUGGGGUAUGGCAAACUUUUAUUCCCAUGGAUUUUAACUGAAACAGACAAGUCAGUUUUAUCUAUACCACCACCCACCCACUUUUGUUUUCGUUUGGUAAUGUUUUCUCUCUCUGUUUCCGGUCACAAAUGUUUCAACUUCUGUACUAUUUCACACUGUGUAAAAACCCUAAGCGCCCUGAGCAAUCAUGUAAGUUUUACCUUAAGACAAAAGUCAAAGCUUUUUUUAUAACUACAAGGCAAUAUCUUCGAAACAUGCAGGGAGUCCAGAAUCAAGUGUCAUGCAUAAUUUGGAUCAUGUUACUACGAGGCCGGUUUAGAACGAGCAGCUUGCCGAAACGAAACCAAUUUCACCAGCGUAGGUCAGAUUCAAUCUCCAUGAGCAAGCCUUUACGUAAGGGCUUUUGUGUAAAGAGAGCUGGCCGAACUCACACUUGCACUCGGUGGUGCUGUGGCCUCUCCAUGGGUGUUCUGCCUGAUCUCUAGCUGUGACACACAGGCCACCGUAACCAUCUAACAGGCCUUGUAUCAUUUCUAAAGGAUGUGCUCAUGGAAAAUCACGUGCAAGUGAUGCUUUUAAGAAAGCCAAAAUGGCCGACUUGCGUUAUCGAUCUUUAGGUGCCAAUGAGCCCCUUUUGUGAUCCAAUGUACAGCUGAGAGAUGGGAGGGAAAAGGGAAAUGAUCUGGAACAGGCAGCUGUGUUUUUAUCAUAUGCCAGUGAUUGUAGCCUUCGCCCCGGAGUGUAAGAUGUUUGGCAGGAGGUCAUGUUAAGAUGAACGGUGCAGGCACGGGAAGCACAUCCUACAUAUGGAUGUAUAAAUUAACCCCUCGGUUUGGCCGGUCGAAGAGAUUUAGAUUUUUUUCCCCCACACCAGUUAUGUUUUCUUUUCCGCUUCAUGAUUGUAUACAAGCAACAAAAGUCUUUAUCUACUGCAUUUGUUUAUAUUUGUUUUUUGUAUGUACACGAGUUAAAUUUGGAUGAAAAAUGAUUGUAUUGUAAAUGAAAGCAAAAUUUCUAUCAGUUCAUUCUAAUGAACAUUCGACAACCAGCGUGUGUAAUAUAAUUUUUUCAGGUUUCUGCUGUGUGAAGUUGCACUCGUCAAGGUUCUUUAUUCCCCCAGUGUACUCGUUUAAUUUUCUUUAUUCCGCCGAGGCAGAUAUGUUGUGAUGUGGUCCUGUUACCUUCUUUUGUAUUCAAAAACGCAUAACGUUGUGCCUCACUGAUUCGUUUCUCUAUGCGCACUGCCAGUGCUAUCAGUGAACCUGAACAGCCUCAAUCUCUCAUUUCCGUAUUUCAUUUGUUUUGAUACUAGGAACCAUCAUCUUUCCUCUGAUCGAAGUGUCUCCAAGUGUUUUUUAUCCUUCAGCCGCUCUUCUUAGGCCAGUUUCUUUAACCCGGUCAUUUUGAGAAAUCCCAUCAUCACGCCAUGUAGUUCUUUCCAAUCCCAACCCCGACUUCCUCUUGACUCAGGCAAUUCACUAACCAUACAUUUUGCUUCUGUCGUUCAUUUCUGCUUGUCCACGGUCAUCUCCUCGUGUUGUGCCAUUCUCCCACAAGGCCAAGUGUAAAGCUCUAUUUACUACUGGAAAACCCGCUCUAACCUGUUGAAGAAAAACACAUUGGUGCGUUUCUCCGUUAGCUCUGUAAACGCUAUGGUCUCGUUUUUAUUUUGUCUACCGCCGCAUUGCUUAGACACGUCAUUUAAUGUGGCUUGAAAAGCUAAUUUGUUUCUGAGUUUUUUUCCCCACCCUCUUGUCAUGUUUUAAUAUUCAAAAGGAUCGACAAGCACUUAUUGUAGAUCACUGGUGCAGCUACUCAUUGCUUUUUUUAAAUGAAAACACGCUUUUGCCGUGAGGCGGACGUCAAUUUUAAUGACUUUUAUCAAGCAAGAGUAUCUAGGUGAACUAGGGUGGACCAUCUUAUAGUUCUCCUUUCGGUGUCCCUUUUAAUUCCUCACGUUAUCCGAGUCUAUGAAUUUUUGUUUAUUUCUUCUGGUUGUUUUUAAAUGAAAGCAACUUGUCUGGUUCUAUUGAAUUGCUGAUGGUGUUGUAGUAAAAAGAUUUUUGUAAAGUGUGAAUAAAUAAUGUAUCACGUUUCCUUUCUUUGACCUGAAUUGUGUUGAUGUAUGUAUUAUAAUUGAUAUCUAAUAGUUUUUGUCAUUUUCGUUUUGCUUUUUUUGUAUUACUCAAAACCAAAUUUUUUUUGUAAAAAAAAAUGUUGGCACACUGAAUUAUAGAUUUAUAUUGUUGCUAACCUUCACUUCAAGAUACUUUUAAGAAAAAAAAUGCAUCAAUGAAGUCCGUCACAGAGAAAUAAAGAGCUGUCAUUUUGUCACCAAACAAAAUCUCUUUGACCCUAAGCUUUGUUGCAUUUCACCUGGUUUGAUGAACCAGCUAGUGCUUAUAAAUGUGUUUGGGUUGUGGAAAGCAUAGAAACAUCUUCCUGCUGUGUUUCCUACUUUCUUGGUGUUUUCUUUUUCUCCAGAAGAAGGGUUUAGGGGUAGGAUGAGACAAACGAAUCGCCUCUUCUAUAGUGUGUUUAUUUGCCUUGUGUUCUGUGUUUCAGCAUCAGUGCUCUCUUAAAAGCCAGUCACGUAAUAAAUUGUGCAUGUUUAGAUAUUGUUGCCAUUUCCAUGUUGUUUAGAAGUUAGACCAUUUACUUUGACAAUGGUUUCAGGUGGAGCAAAAAUCAUAUUGUGUGAUCACGUCAGCAUAUUCAAAACUUGGCAAUAAUGACUUUUACAGCUUUAUUUUUCCUCCCCGUUUCAGAUAAACCAGGCUCAGAUGUUUCUGGCUUUUAUUUCCUGUUUCAUAGUCAAUGUUCUCUGUCAGUAGGGGUAAUGGUACAAUGGUCAGGAUUGUGGUUGAAUCAGCCGAGAGUCAAUAAGUAUUUAGGUGUGUCACUAAAAUGCACUGGACCAACUCUUGUUUACCAUUUAUGGAAUACCAGCAUAACACUUGCACAAUGUUUUAAAAGAAUGUUGCAUAUAUAUGUAAGGAAAACGUACAUGGAUAUUUAAAAAAAAACGGCAGCUGUUUUUAAUUCAAUAUUAUGAAGUGUUGGGGAUUAAAGCCUAAUGGUAAACAAGGCGUUUUGGAUUUCACUGUUUCUCUUGGUUCUCUUGAGUAGUGAUGUGUUUAUAACAGGGUCCGCUUGUCUCCUUUACACCUAUGUAUUUUUUCCUACUCAUGGUUAAAUAAAUUCUAUAUCUGUUUCA